CCGCGGACGCCUGCCCUCGGACGGUAACAAGUCAACACCACAUCCACAUCCAAAGGAGUAGACACAAAUCCCGAGCUAGGGAAAAACCGAUUCCCUUUCUUACCGCACCGCGAGGCGAAGGCGAGCCUAUCACCGGCGGCGAUGUUCCUGGUGGGGAUAGUGGCGGAGCUGCUGGAGGACUACACGAUGCUGGUGGCGGAGGUGCUGGAGCAGCUGCUCAACAGCGCGCCGUUCCCCCGCCGGAUGCGCACGCUCAUGCUGCGGACUCCCCUUCGUGGCCCCGCCGCUGGCGCCGCCCCCGCCGCCGCACGCCCUCCGCGUCACCACCCGAGGCUGAUCGAUCCAGCCGCCCGCCUCUGCUCAGCCUCGUCCGAUAGGUUCAUUCAGAUCGUUCAUUUUGCCUCUUUUUUCCGUCCAUUCCGUUGAUUCGUUUGGUGUGCAGACCGACUGUACCGCUUGUAUUAUGAUGUCUUAUUAUCCAACUGUGGGAACGAGACAGCCUUCUCCAUGGCUUUGUAAAUAGUUCUGGUGAGACCAAGGGACCUUUUGAGUUUGAGCUCCUUUUUCGUGUGGAUAAUAAUGCAUGCUACUACUCC